UAAUUAGACUGGAGUAUUUUAUGAGCCAGGAAAUAUAUACUGCCUUUGGGUCCAAAAGUACUUUUUUGAAGGAAAAUCUCAAAAUCCAAAAAUGCCUGUUACCAAGACUGAUUGGAUUCAUCGGUAUGAAUCUUGCACUGACAUGCUGCAAAAACUUGGCCCUUCUGAUGUUCUCGAGUGGGUUGACAGAAUAAUAUUUUCUCCUGAAUCAUUAGAAAAUAUGAGUAUUGACUGUAGGUCUGAUAUUGUCAAGCGUAUUCUUAAAUUCUGUCGAAUGAAAUCUUCCAGGCACAAAGGGGAUUUUGAUCUAAGCUCUCAGUGGAGUGAUACUGCUGCUAUUCUGAAUCAGUAUCAUCAGCAUCUUCAGAGACUUGAUGAUGAAACACUGGUUCAGUUGCGAGAAUCUUAUGAUCCAAAAAUCAAAGAUUAUUGCAAAGCCUUUGAUCUUACCAAAUCCUCAACAGAAAAGCUGAAAGAUUUGUUAGCUAGAAUUGUACUCGAAGGACCAGAUUUGCAAUUACUGAAAACAUUUUUGUCUUGUUGUCCCUCAGACAUUAGUUGGGAACCAGCUGAUGCAUAUAUUAAAGCAAUAAAUGUUAUUUUGUUGCAGUUGAAGCAACCUCAAAACAUGGUAUAUUCGUGUUUUAAAACUAUAACACCAGUUCAUAUUUUAGAAGCAAUUUUGGAAGACAUAUCUAAAGAAAAAGAAGAAUUGAUGAUUGAAGAUUUGGCAGUUGAGAUACUUAACGAAUUUUGCCAAGAUGCAAACAUUUCAGUGUCUACUAGAUUGAGCAUUCUUCAGCUAUUAGAAAAAACUGAUUGUCUUUCACCUGAAUAUGGUGAUUUAUUACUUCUAUAUCGAACACAGGCAGUGGUUACUUCCUUAUGGCCUAAUCUUGAAGUAUCCGAAGAAGAAGUGAAAGAUGAAUUUCAGAGAAAAAUUUUAUUCGACACUCUUCUCAAUAUGUGCAGGACAGUUAACCAUUUCAUUGCUUUAGCAAAAUUAUUAAGCCACUGGCCUGCAUUUUCAGAGCAUGAGGAUUGGGCAUGUAAUGAUGAACCAUGGGCUAAACUUUUAUGUGGAUUAAUAGCUUUGUCAAACAAAGAUGCUUUGAAUGCUGCUGUUAGCAUACUUGAAAAGGCAUCAGUAUUUCCCUCUUUUAAUGAAAAGUGUUCUCAAGAAGUCUUCAGAAAGAUACAAGAAAAGGGAUGCAUUCUUUAUACAAUGAAAUAUGCAUUAAAGACAGAUUAUAAAGCCUUACAUGAUGCAGCUUUAAAUAUACUCAAAGAUAAUCCAAAGAUUACUGGCGAUGAUUAUGAUGAUGAACUCUUAGAUCUAAUCCUGAAACACAACUUGACAUCAAGGAUAAUAUCAAGUGGAUUAUACAAGCCAGUGAUAGAAUUCUUAUUACAUUGUCAAGAUGACAGUAAUAUACAAGGCAGUUAUAAAUCAAUCGACAGUAUAGUUAAAGAACUUCAUGAAGCGGGUUACGAUUCUGAGGCUGCUAGCAUUUUGCUCAUUAAGAAUUCUACACAUACAGGUCUCAGCACAUUUUCUUCUGCAAUUAAUGUUCUACAUAGGUGGCUAUCUGCAAAUAAAUCUUAGAAUGUCUGUGAUGAUAUAUGAUUAUAAAAUAAAAUUUAUAUAUACAUGAAAUAAAAACUUUUUUAUUGAAUUUAA